UCUCCUCAGAGAGAAGAAAGGUUAAUGCGAUUCAAGGCACUGAAGAAACUGUCAUUUUAGCGGCAAGAUGGGUGCCUUUGGUCUGGAGACUAUCCACAUAUGAAUCUUAGGAGAUCAUUUCUUGUAUCUAAACCAAAGGGGGACAUGGACCUAGGCAAGGUCAAACUUCCGCGGACUGGUCUUAACGCCUUGAAUCAAGCUCUCCACCCAGUUCACGGCUUAGCCUGGACCGACGGGAAGCGAGUGAUCCUGACGGCUUUGUCUGCUUGGAGCAGCGGAGAGCCCAUGCUGGGGGACUCGAGUGUCAUCGGGCAGUUCGAGCACGUCCACGGGCUCUCCUGGGGCCCUCCUGGUGUGGCCAACACCCCGGCUCUGCUCGCGGUCCAGCACAAGAAGCACGUCACCGUAUGGGAGCUGUGUUUCAGCCCGGCUGAGAGGAACGGACUCCUGAUCUCCCAGACCUGUGAGACUGCAGUGCCGUUUCCCAUGCUCCCUCAAGGCUGCCUAUGGCACCCAAAGAGAGACAUCUUGACCAUUCUGACCACCCGGGAUGCCUCGGUUAUGUACUCAGUUCGCCGCGACAGCUUCAACGUGAAAGCUGACAUCAAAGCCAGCGGUCUCAUCCACUGUGGCUGUUGGACCAAGGAGGGUAAUCGCUUGGUGCUGGCCAUAGGCAGCGCCUUGCAUUCUUACAUCUGGGACAACGCCCAGAAGACCUUGCUCCCCUGUUCCUUUUGCCCGAUUUUCGAAGUGGGAGGUUACAUCUGUGCUACCGAAGCUACCGUGGGUCUCCAGAUUGCUGCAGCCACCAAAGAGCCACUUAAAAAGACAUGUGGCUUUCAGGCAGGGCUUGCUUUUGAUGGGACCACUAGCUCUGAAAUAGCAUCUCUGGUCUGCCAUCCUACCCUUGGGCUCAUGGAUGAGGAAUAUGCUACUGAUUUGGGAAAGAAGGCCAUAGAAUCCAGGAAAUCCCUCUUCACGGAAACACCCUCUUUAGGGUCACGGGAUGUAGUCCAUAUCUUAGCGAAGCAUCGACGAUCCGAUCCAAGCCCUCUGAUUUCCCUGAGGAACAAGGAAGAACCCCCAGACGUUGGCCACAGCUCCUCCUCUCUGAUCCUGGUAGCCUUUGAGAGGAAGGUCACUACCACGAGGAAAGUCGGAAUCCCAGGCAUCCUGGUCCCUGACAUAAUUGCAUUCGAUGCCCAAGCUCAGACCGUGGCUGUCGCCUCGAAUGCUUGCGACACCAUACUGAUUUGUUCGAUAGCCAUCUCCUCCGGGCCCAGUGUUCGGCAAAUCCAACUGGAGAAGGACGAAAGACCCAAGGGGGCCUGCUUCUCUACAGACAAGCUGUUGCUGAUCUUGGUGGGGAAGCAGAAAUCCUUAGACUCCGCCUCCUCGCCGGCUUCCAACUCUGAAAAGUAUCUCGCUCACCUGAUGUUCAAAGAGGUGUUACCGGGCGAGGAGCACCCCGCCUGGCUCCAUGGCCCCCAGAACGUGCAUUUCGGCUGUGACCCUUCAGUGAUUGUUCUUGGGAGAAGGCGGUUCUCCGAGAAUCCGUCCCGGGGAGAGGCUCUGGUGGACCGGGAGCUGUUGCUGAGGACGGGUGGCCCUUUGGCCCAGUCUCCUAGCAUGAAGAGGCGAAUCACGGACAAAGCCGGGAGCCCCAGUAACGAGCAGAGCCCCUCUUCAAGUGUGAGUGACCUUGAGGAGAAGAGACCCGGAAGUGGAUCUUCUGGAGCCGUGGACCCUCUGGAAUCGGAGUCAUUCGGUCGGUCCCCGUCCCUAGUCGCCCUGGGGACCAGGUUCCCUAGCCGGCCGGCAUCUCCCAAGCUGCCGUUGGGGAUCAUCCACGAGACGGCAGACCCCCCAAAGCACAACAGAUGCCUGGGGGCAAGAGAGGGCGGCCACUUCGUCAGAAGCCUGGAGAGCCUGUGCGGCAACUUUACCGAACUUAAGCACCGCCUCUCGGAGCUCGCGGACCUUGCUAGAGACGGGAUGAGGCUUCCCCCCAUUUACCCUUCUGUCCAGGAGCCUUCUUUUGUGAACAUCACGUUCCAGAAGCCCUUUGCAGCAGAUGAGGCUGAAGAAGAAAAGAGAACGGUCCUUCUCUGUGACAGUAAACUCCACCUCAAGACAGUCCAGGAGGCUUUCAAUCUGUCUGUUAUUGAAAUGAAACAUGGUAAAUCCUCUUUCUGUCUGCUAUCCGACAUUUGCAAUCUAGACUGA